AUGGCCAACAACAAGAAGAUAAGCCUGAAGCUUCUGGUCGACAAGCAGCUGUCUCGAGUGGUGAUGGCUGAAUCAGACAAGGAUUUCUUUGAUAUCCUGCUAAGUUUUCUGACAAUGCCGAUGGGGAGUGUCGUCAAACUCGUCGGAAAAGAUUCAUCACUAGGAUGCAUUGGUAAUUUGUACAAGAGCGUUGAGGGCCUCGACAGCCAGCACUUUCAGACUGAGGCUUGCAAAGCCAUGCUGCUUAAUCCUCUGAAUGCGGCGGGACUCCGCUGCGAGGAUUUAGCAGUUAACGUUCACCCAAGAAGGUUCUUCAGGUGUCCGGAAUCAGAUUGCUGCUCCAAAGCCACCUGUUAUUAUAGCUCUGUUCCUAACGUGCGGUGUUCCUGCGGAAAGGAAAUGAGUUAUGCUGACGAGUGGAGAAAAGAAGACAUGAAUGCAGCUGGAGAUCGCUGUUGCAAUUUCAAAUGA